UUUACGAUUGGGAAACUAUCAUAAAUGUUUAAUUUGGUCGCCCAAAAAGUUAAGAUAACUAUUAAAAAGAGCAUAGUGAUUUCUGAACCUGUUGUGAUAACUAUUACAAAGUGUAUUCAGGCUUGAAGUCUAGGUCCAUAUCGUAUAAUGUUUGUUUUUAUAAAAUUAAAAAAGAAUACACAUUAAAUACGUACGCGGAAAUAAUGUUAAGAGUAUUCAAAUAAAAAAGAACAACAACAAUAUACAAACAACAAAUGCCGUUGCGAAGAGUCUUAACAAUAGCGUAUAUUGAACAGGAAGUUUAAAGACGAGCGGUUGGUCUGACCUGCCUAAUGACAACUUAUACUACUAACGUGUUUUCACGGGAGUACAUUCCCACAGUGUUCGAAACAUAUAACGCAGACGUGGUAGUAGACGAAAAGCCGAUCAGUCUGGAAUUGGGUGACACAGCGGGCCAGGAAGACUACGACCGCCUCAGGCCACUUUCCUACCCGAAUACGGAUGUCUUCUUAAUCUGUUUCUCGCUGGUCAUGCCAUCCAGUUUUGAGAAUGUACAAGCAAAGUGGUACCCGGAAGUGCUCCACUACUGCCCUCGCACGCCCAUUAUUCUGGUGGGACUCCAGCUGGACCUAAGAAAUGAUCAUGAGACCAUUGAGAAGCUCAAGAGGAACAGGCAAUCUCCAAUCACAUAUCCGCAGGGCCUGGCUCUUGCAAAAAAGGUGAACGCUGUGAAGUACUUGGAGUGUUCCGCCCUGACUAAGACGGGACUGAACACCGUUUUUGACGAAGCCAUAAGGGCCGUGCUGAAUCCGCCGAAACAAGUCAAACAGAGGAGGGGAUGCACGCUUUUCUGAUAUCAUUUGAAAAAUAUUGAUACAUUUUUUACGUGAUAAUGAUUAUUCACUCUUAAAACAGCACGACUUACUAAUGCAACGUUGUUUUUGCAGUUCUUGAACUUCGGUGAUUGCACUUUGAAAAAAAAAGUUUUACCUGUUCUUAUUUGCUUUUAUACUUUUGUUUUUAUUUUUAUUUAUAUGAUAUCUAAGAGUUAAUUGACUGCAAUUAAGUAUUUAAAACGACUUUGAGUCUAAUAGAUUUAUUUGCUUUAUUCGAAUCAUGUCAAAUAAGGCGUAAGAAGUCGACAUAAUAAAAAAUCGUGAUUUAUAUUAUAUUUUACUGUAAAAAUACAUAAAUACUAUUUGUAAUACGAGGAAAUUAUAUUUCAACGUACACAAUCUCAACGGUCAAAAAAAUCAACAACACAUCUGUGGAUGUUUUUGCUUCAAUAAUGUUUUAUUCCGAGGAGGGGGGAGGGGGGGUGGUCACAAACACCCUUGAGCAGACAAGGCUUUUCAUUAAAAUGUAAUAUAAAUAUAAAGUGGCUUACCGGGUGAAAAUAUAUGCUACUCGUUCACGAAAAACAUGAAAACGACGCAAUCUUGGAAGUAAUUUCCAACUAACCGCACUUAACUCCAGAAAGCUCUCGGCUACGCAUACCCCCCUUCACCUGACUUGGUUACUUUAAUUAUUAGUACAGAUUAAGAAUUCAGAAGAGCAUUUUAUUUUAUGGAAUACAAUGUUUUCGAACGUAGCAGUUGUUUAAAAUUAUCCAUUGACAUCAUAUUUUGUUACUGGCAUAAUUUGGAUAAAUAUAUAUGCGUGUAUUCAUAUUAUAUUAUAAUAUAUACGAGUGUGUGAUAAAAUAUCCGGUAUUGUUUCUGUCUGUUUUGCACAUUUUAUACUCAAAUAAUACAUGUAGUUUGUUUUAUAAAUAUUAUCUAUGAUUAUCUAUGAUUUUUGUAUGGUCGCAACACAUUCUGAUAUUAUUUUCAUUUACAUUCCUCACUUAUAAAUGAUAUAACCUUCAUAUAAUGCUAUUUGUUCUUCUUGACUGCUUUGAGCGUUUAUGUGUACAAACGUACAAACGUACUGCGCAAUAUUCUUCCUCGUAAAGGAAAAAAAAAACGUGUACAAAAUAUGCCACACGUACGUCCAUGAAAUUGAGUUCAAUCAUCGUAACAGCCACACUGCCUGUUAAUAUCGAUAUCAAUUUUCAAAAUUUAAACUUGAUACAAAUCGUUACCAAACCGAACGCGGAAGUUUUGAAUUGACGAUUGAAUUUAUAUUACGGAGGUUCAGGAGAUAGUCUAUCGCGAUUUGUUGAUUAGCCACAAGAUCUAUCUUGCGGAGGAUUCCGGAGAAAGUCGAUGCAUAAAUUGUGCAUAUUUUUAACGUUGUUAUAAUUGCGCAUUCGGGAUAUAUUUAUGAUCGUUUAGUGUUGAUUCACGUCACUAAAUAGUUUAUGUGGCUCAAAUUGUCGAUUGAAGUGCCGCAAAGAUUCCAGAUGGCGAGUUUACAUGAAAAAAGCCUCUAACUGUUGUUAGUAGCUAGGAGUUGGAUUAUUGCAACUAAUAAAUCUAUGUGAAAAUU